AUGUCUGCUUCUUUCUUGGGCAUCAUGUUAGCUACUCCUUCUGGUGUUGCACCUUUUGCUCCCUCGGGUAUCACGUCUUUUGUCUCUUUAGAUGCUGCAUCUGCAGCUCUCUCUGGUGCUAUGUUUAUCACCACGCCCAUGCCUUGUGCCAUCACUCCUUUGGUUUUAAUGUCAAUAUCGCUCACACUAGAUGAAAAACACAGUUAUCUUUUUGAUGUAAAUGGUCUUUUGGAAAUACAAA